CGGUCCAUUGUGGGUCUAGUGAGUCUAGUGGUCGGUGUCUACUGUUUAGAUCAGUCUAUCAGUGUCUACAGUCUACGAAGGAUGUCAGCGUAGCUCUCAUGCGCUCGCCGGCCGUAGAUUCAUAUAAGACCGCAGGAUAGAAUGCUGGAAGAUGUGUGCAGGACACCUGGUUGUAUUGGUCUGGCUCCUGGCUGUGACGUCACUGUUGGUACAAGCGACACAGAAUACAACGCAGAACACUCUCAACUCUACACAGAAUCAGAACCACACAUGUACCCGCACAGAAACAGUGUCAGUAAGAGUAGCAGUGCCGCUACAGGAGCCUGCUACAUUCCGCAGUUACACGUGGUGUCUCAAGGUACCUCCGCGCUGCUCCAAGUACACUGUCAUCAUGAGAGAACGUAUCAUCUACCAGACAGAGGUGCGUAACCAGACAGUGCAGGAGUGUUGUCCAGGUCAUGUUGCACUGUAUGAUACAUGCAUACCUCAGUGUGCAACAUGCGACAACAUGUUGUGCGACAAGAAGAAAUGCUCCUGCAAACCUGGAUUUGUCGGCACUCACUGCAAUCAGACUUGUCAAACAGGCAAAUGGGGAGAAAAGUGCUCAGAGGCUUGUGUGUGCAGGGUGGGGGAGGAUUGUGAUCCUGUGACUGGGAACUGUACCCCUUCCACCUCCACCACAUCCACAACAACCGUACCAACACCUACAACCACAACAACCGUACAACCAUCGACAACCACCACAACCGUAAAACUAUCGACAACCACCACAACUACUAUUCGGCGACCCACAACCACCUCAUCUACCAAUGUGUUCAUCAAUCUCACCCCGACAGAACAAUCCUCUUCCGCUGAAGAUUUGACAGAAUUCAAUGUGAUCCGGGCAGUGGACAACGACAUUGCGAGUGAUGAUGACUACGCAGUGUCUCCUACUGACAGUGCCAUUGUGAUCGAGCGCCCAGACAUAGCUGAAGCUAACGCUCGAUGGAGCGCUCUGAGCACUCACUCAAGUGUCACUGUAGGAUCUGUGCUUGGACUGAUCGCUUUGUUGGUGGUCAUAGUCAGUAUUAUAGUGAAGUGUCGGGGGAAAAAACAAUUUGACAGUGCCUCAACAAUCGGUGAUAAGAGCUCACUUCACCUGGUAGCAAAGAAUAGUCACUAUGCAGUGCCAGGUCCUCCUCCAUUUUCUUUCCUGAAUGGCCUUCCGAUAGAUAUAACCAGAGAAGUGUGUGAAGACAUGUACGACCAUCCCCGCAGUAUAAGGUGCCUCAACAACGAACCAGUGUAUGACGAACUGAGAUAUUGAUUCCGUUUCCACACUUCACUACAAAGUAUUGUAAAUAGACAUAAUUUAGAACUGUUAUGUUAGGUUCAUCCUCCUCUACUGCUGUUAACACUGGAAUUUUGGAAUAUAAACAUUUUCUUUUUCAAAA